GGCUGCCCGUUCCAGCCGCAGCCCCAGAGAAUGAAUGAAAUUGAAAUAGCUGCUACAUUACAUGUACAAUACCGGGCGCUGCAGCGUUGCAUUCUAUCAUACUACACCAAAAUGGCCACAGCGGUACAGAACCACCUCAAAUCGCAAUCUGGAGGUGCAGUCAUCAAGAACAGUCUUGGAGAGGAGUUCUACAAGGAAGCCAUUGAACACUGUCGCAGUUACAAUGCCCGUCUGUGUGCUGAGCGCUCCAUGCGUCUCCCCUUUCUGGAUUCCCAGACAGGUGUGGCCCAGAGCAACUGCUACAUUUGGAUGGAGAAGAAUCACCGUGGACCAGGUCACGCGCCAGGUCAGUUGUACACGUAUCCUGCUCGGUGCUGGCGCAAAAAGAGGCGGUUGAACAUUCUGGAGGACCCACGGCUUGUUCCGAUUGAGUUUAAAAUUGACUAUGAAGCCUCCCUAAAGAAGGAGGGUGGUAUUCCAGAUGGCCCUGUGUUGGAGUCACUGCUUGCUGGGGAUACUCUGGACAAGAAGGUGGAAACAAAAGAGGAAGAGCCAAUGAGCGAGUGUCAGAAAUUGCUUGUUGGAGAUUUCCCGCAUGAGCUGGAGGUGGAUGAGAUGGAAGAAGAUGUUCCUAAGCGCAAGAACCGUACCAAAGCACGGGCCUACGGGGUUGGUGGCAUGAGAAAGCGACAAGAGCCACCUGCUAUAGAAGACAGAGACAAGCCCUAUGUCUGUGACAUAUGUGGAAAGCGCUAUAAAAACCGCCCAGGACUGAGUUACCAUUACACUCACACUCAUCUAGCAGACGAAGAGGGCGAGGAAGACUCAGAGAGGCACACGCUUCCUUUCCAACGCAAAAACAACCACAAGCCCAAAAAAGCAGCGGAUGGCUCUGUCAUCGCAAAUGGAUACUGCGACUUUUGCCUCGGAGGCUCAAAGAAGACUGGCUGUCCUGAGGACCUCAUUUCCUGUGCGGACUGUGGACGCUCAGGCCACCCCUCCUGUCUGCAGUUCACAGUGAACAUGACAGCUGCAGUGAGGACUUAUCGCUGGCAGUGCAUCGAGUGCAAGUCCUGCAGCCUGUGUGGCACCUCUGAGAAUGACGAUCAAUUGUUGUUUUGUGAUGAUUGUGACAGAGGCUACCACAUGUACUGUCUGAGCCCUCCUAUGUCUGAACCUCCAGAAGGAAGCUGGAGCUGUCAUUUGUGUUUGAGACAACUGAAGGAGAAGGCCUCCGCCUACAUCACCCUCAAUUAA